ACAUCUUGGAUAUAUUGUCUCUUCUCUGAUCAUCAGCCUAUCAAUUAUUAGUCAUUUGAUGAUAGAUUUUAAGAAAUAACUAUAGCUGGAUUUGUUAUAAGUAGUAUGAUGAAGAAGAUAAAGCUCAAAAAAGAAGAAACACAUCAGGAGCUCGAAAAAGAAGACUACUAAGCAAAAUGGACAAAGUUCAACAAGAUCAACCAUUUCAAUUCAACUCAUGCACUACCGUUUUUGAGAACUUACUCAAGAAAGAAAAAGGGCCUGAAACAACAAUGAUGUUCCAAUACAAGAAGAAUCAUCUGUGCUUAGUCGAUAAUGAUCAGUUACCUUUGAUCGACUUGAGCAGCUUAACUGGAGCUGGUAGUAGUAGUAUUUUAGAGAAAGAAAGAUGCAAAAGACAGAUAAUUGAAGCUUCAAAGCAAUGGGGAUUCUUUCAAGUUGUGAAUCACGGGAUCUCUAAUGAGUUGUUGAAGAAAUUGAAUGUUGAACAAAUGAAGCUCUUUCGACAACCGUAUGACCAAAAAUCAUCUUCAAAUAGUUUUUUGUCAAAUACUUAUCGUUCCGGAACACCUACUCCAAGGAAUCAGUUUUCUUGGUCAGAGGCGUUUCAUAUUCCUCUUUCUGACAUUCGUUCAGGAAACUCUCAAAAUGCCAACAACAACAACACUCUCAGGUCGACGAUAGAUGAGUUUGCAGGAACAUUAUCAGAAUUGGCACUUAAAAUAGCACAAGUAUUGGCGGAGAAUGUGGGUUCUGACGCAAAAGGAUUAGCUGGAUAUUUUGCGGAGAAUUGUUCUGAAGAAACUUGUUAUUUGAGAUUAAACAGAUAUCCACCAUGUCCAAUUUCUUCUGACCAAGUAUUUGGAUUAAUGCCUCAUACCGACAGUGAUUUCCUCACAAUCUUAUAUCAAGAUCAAGUUGGUGGUUUACAGUUGCUAAAAGAUGGUAGAUGGGUCACUGUUAAACCUAAUCCUCAAUAUCUAAUCAUCAACAUUGGUGACUUAUUUCAGGCAUGGAGUAACGACUUAUAUAAGAGUGUUGAACACCGUGUAAUGACUAAUAACAAAUACGAAAGGUUUUCGGCUGCCUAUUUCUUAUGUCCUUCACAUGAUACUGUUAUACGGAGCAAGGGAGGACCUCCAUUGUACAAGAAAUUCAGCUUUGGAGAAUUUAGGGAACAAGUUCAAGAAGAUGUUCGCAAACUAGGUCGUAAAGUUGGGCUUUCUAGGUUUCUCCUCUGAGCUAGACCCAAAUCAUUUGACCAGAAGUAGUUAGUGAGCCCAAAGAAAUCAUCGCUCUAGGUUCUGGUUUAUAUAAUUGUCUUUUUCCUUCUGAUGAUUAUCUUUUUCCUUCCGGUUAGUGUCAUGUGUCAGAUUUCUGAUUAGUGUCAUGUGUCAUGAAGACUUCGGAACUCAACAUAGGGAUUUUAGCUUGGUAUGCUCCAUUAGAAUAUCUUAAAAUAUUAUUAAUAUGCUCUGUUAUCCAUAUAUCCAUGUUAUUAU